AUGACGAGAGCGACCUCCAUCAAGGACGUCGAUCAGCACGACGCUGUCAAGUCGAUCGCUCACUUCCUGAAGAAGAGCGGAAAGGUCAAGGUUCCAGAGUGGUCCGACCUUGUCAAGCUUGGAGUCAACAAGGAGCUUGCUCCAAUUGACCCGGAUUGGUUCUACACUCGUGCCGCCAGUCUUGCUCGUCACCUGUACUUCCGCCCGGCCGGUAAGCUUUAUUUUUUAAAAUUCAGUUGAGGAUAAAAUACUUCCUCUAAAUAACCGGAUUUCUUUUCCAAGAAAUGGUAAUAGUGAAAGGUUUUGUUUGCAGGAAUCGGAGCCUUCAAGAAGGUGUAUGGAGGAAAUAAGAGACGCGGAGUCGCCCCGAACCACUUCCAAACUUCGGCUGGAAACUGCCUCAGAAAGGCCGUUCAGCAGCUCGAGAAGAUCAAGUGGGUCGAGAAGCACCCAGACGGCAAGGGAAGAAUCCUAUCCAAGCAGGUAAAUUUUUUCCUUUCUCCGUUAACCUUCAGUUAGAUAAGUUUUCACAAAAACACUGCUAAUAUUUUUCAGGGACGCAAGGAUCUGGACAGAAUCGCCACCAGCCUCAGAUCCUCGGGACAACAAGCCUAA